AUGUGCUCUGUCGUUACCUUCACUGCAGUUUCAGAUGCCUUCACUUCUGUUUCAGUACUUAGCAUUGCUCUAUCAAAGUCCUGGCCUAUUCAUCAACUGGAUGUACAGAAUGCAUUUUUACAUGGUGAUCUCCAUGAGACUGUCUACAUGCAUCAGCCAUUGGGUUUUCGAGACCCUAAUCAUCCAGAUUAUGUCUGUCGUUUGAAGAAAUCACUUUAUGGUCUCAAGCAAGCGCCCCGAGCAUGGUAUCAACGCUUUGCUGAUUAUGUCGCCACCAUUGGGUUCCACCAUAGCACAUCAGACCACUCCCUCUUCAUAUAUCGACAGAGUUUCGACAUGGCCUACAUUCUUCUAUAUGUUGAUGACAUCAUUCUUAUCACCUCUACUCAUGCCCUUCGCAAAACAAUUAUGUCACUCUUAGCAUCUGAGUUUGCAAUGAAGGAUUUGGGUCCACUAAGUUAUUUUUUGGGUAUUGCUGUCUCUCGCCAUCCUAGUGGCAUAUUCCUCAGUCAAAGCACUUAUGCCUCAGAGAUCAUAGAAGGUGCUGGCAUGACGUCUUGCAAGCCAUCAGCCACUCCUGUUGACACCAAGCAGAAACUUAGCACCUCAUCCGGCACACCUUAUGAGGAUCCUUCUCUAUAUCGAAGUCUUGCAGGGGCUUUACAAUAUCUCACAUUCACUCGACCUGACAUAUCAUAUGCGGUUCAGCAAGUUUGUCUUCACAUGCAUGCACCUCGCACAGAACACAUGCUUGCACUCAAGCGCAUCCUGCGCUAUGUUCAGGGUACACUGCAUUUUGGAUUACACUUAUCACCAUCCUCCAUUACUCAGCUUAUCUCCUACACCGACGCUGAUUGGGGUGGUUGUCCUGACACCAGACGCUCCACAUCUGGAUACUGUGUAUUUCUCGGUGACAACCUUAUUUCUUGGUCUUCCAAAAGGCAACCGACUCUCUCUCGUUCCAGUGCUGAAGCUGAAUAUAGAGGUGUUGCUAAUGUUGUCUCUGAGUCGUGUUGGAUUCGCAAUCUUCUUCUGGAGCUCCAUUUUUCGAUACCUCACGCUACUUUGGUGUAUUGUGACAAUGUUAGUGCCAUUUAUCUCUCUGGUAAUCCUGUGCAGCAUCAGCGUACCAAACAUAUUGAGAUGGACAUUCAUUUUGUUCGGGAAAAAGUAGCUCGUGGUCAGGCACGCGUUCUUCAUGUUCCCUCCCGACACCAGAUUGCAGACAUCUUCACCAAAGGACUUCCUCGCAUUCUUUUUGAUGAUUUUCGGACCAGUCUCAACGUUCGUGAACCUCCCGCUUCGACUGCGGGGGAGUGAUAGAAUAGAAUAUUUUGUCAUAAAUAAUUAUUAUUAGUCUCCUGUAAUUAAGCUGUAUCAUAAUUAGAUAGUUGUCUAAAUGAUGUAUAUAUAUAUUCUAUUCACAUGAAUGAGAACAGAUAAGCAUUCCA